GACACACUUGAUGGGUGAGGCUUUUGUUCAAUUUACGGUACUUUUAUUGGAGGGGAUAUAAGGCCUUGGCAAAAGUGCGGGAAAGGCUUGUAUCCUUCGAUUUCUGAUCAAGAUUUUACCUACUUCCGUGCCGUUCUGUGGGUAAGGUAGGAUAGAUUUGGGAGGGGUCAGAUCUUAUUGAAGAAUAAAUCUCUUAACCCCCUGACGCCCUCGUGUACCAGUCCUGUCUCACCGACCUCCUUGCGCCGGGCUGGAUUUUGUUUCGCACACAAUAUACCCCGCGCCGUGCCUUUGCGGAAGUUUACCUAGAACUAGUUGUUGCAGAAAGUUAAACCCUAGUGUUAGGUUCAGUUUGAUGGCAUUUCGGAAAAUAUUCUAGAAGUCGUUCUGUCCCUGUUUCCCAUUAUUUAAAUUACGCCAUACUUUUGCCUCAAAAGAGACUGAGAGCCGAGAUCCGACGACCCACAUAAGCCUCUGUUCGAGUUUUCUCUCCUCUUCUUUUGGUAGGGGUGAGUGACUAUCAAGUCAGGACCUUUAUCGAACCUGCAUGUCAAAGUCGUCGAACCCGACUCCUGCAGCAUCUGUUACCCGUCUCGCGGGAUAUCCUGGCACAGAUACUGAGGCUAGCUUUACCUGACGUUCGACAACCAUGGCGCGGAUAACUCUUAUCGCUGCCGUUGCGUCUCUGCUGCAAGGCAUGACGUCGGCGCAAACUCCCUCAUCUACUGGAGGAACAUCUGCACCGGACCCGACGGCCAUCUCUCUGUGUUCGGUUAGGUCAUCUACGCAGUAUUGCUCUGCGGGCACAACCGAGUAUCGUGUUGCUGCUACCCCUACAGGCAGCCUACCAAGUGUUUACACUCAAUGCCACAGGCAUGGUGCGACAGAGUUGUAUUGUUCCUACCCUAGCGGCGAGGUUUCGGUUGUUCCCGCGAAUGCGGCUGCUGCUCCCACUCCUACCACUGCAGCUCCUACUGGAACGUCUGGGGGUGCCUCUCCAACAGGGAACCCUACGGCAAUUUCGGACUGCCAUAUGCAUGGUUCCGAUGUGUUCUGUAUGUGGGGUACCACCGAGUAUCAGGUUAUGACGAAUAUUCCGGCCACGGCAACUCAAGAUAUCCCACCGACAUUUACCGACUGCCACGCGCACGGCUCGGACACGUUCUGCGUCGGACCCGGUGGCGCCGAUGUCGAGGUUCGUGCUGAGGGUGCCGAGGCUGGCAGCGACGAUCACGCAGGAGAAGGUGAUGCGGGUGGUUCAAACCGCCACUGUCACUUUCACGCCGGAGUCGAGCAUUGUACAGGCGGCGCGGAAGAGGUUUCCUGUGAAAAGGUCACCAGAGACUACAACAUCCCGCUCCGUGUUGGGCUUUUGUUCGUCAUCAUGGCCACGAGCGCCAUCGGCGUUUUCUCUCCCAUUCUACUCCAUAAGGUGUGGCCGACAAAGACGCACACGACGCUGUUGAUCCUCAAGCAGUUUGGUACUGGUGUUAUCCUGUCGACGGCCUUUGUCCACCUAUACACCCACGCUCAGCUGAUGUUUGCAAAUGAGUGUCUGGGCGAGCUUGAGUACGAGGCAACGACUUCUGCCAUUGUGAUUGCUGGUAUUUUCCUCUCGUUCUUGGUUGAAUUCAUUGGCAAGCGUAUAGUCCUUGCUCGUAUGGCCAGGUCUCCGGGUACCGUAUCGAGACUGUCUCCCGAGACCGUCAGUGUCUUUGUGCUCGAGACGGGAAUUAUCUUCCACUCGAUCUUGAUUGGUAUUACUCUGGUUGUGGCUGGCGACUCGUUCUUCCUGACUCUAUUCGUCGUCAUCCUUUUCCACCAAAUGUUUGAAGGCAUCGCCCUCGGUUCCCGAAUUGCCGCUCUGGGCGCGCCAUCACCGCAUGCUGCAGGAGUAGCCGCCGGACAGAUGACUGAUGUCCCACAAAAGACGGACCCUAACGUCAAGGUGGACGGAAACUCUGUAUCCGACGUCGACACACCGCGUACGACCACCGCAGCCGUUGCAGAGCCAGUUAGGCAACAGGCUUACUUCUCGCUGCCGAGGAAGCUGCUGCUCGCGUCGCCAUUCGCGCUGAUCACGCCCAUCGGCAUGGCGAUCGGAAUCGGCGUCCUUCAGCACUUCAACGGCAACAACCGGAACACGCUGCUGGCUAUCGGCACGUUGGACGCCCUAUCGGCCGGUAUCCUCGUCUGGGUCGGCCUGGUGGAGAUGUGGGCCGAGGACUGGAUGGUUGAGGGCGCCGAGAUGCUCUCUACGGGCAUCUUUACGACGGUGCUGGCCGGGUUCGGCUUGGUGUCUGGUGUUGUUAUCAUGAGCGUGCUAGGCAAGUGGGCUUGAGGUGGAGAAAGCCCUGCUCAGCUUCCUAGUUUCUGCUCCGUACAUAAUGACAUGUGAAUGAAUUGUCUUUUUUUUCUCUCCCCCUGUCCACCCUGACCAGGGGUUAAAUGACGUUUAUUCAUGUUCAGUUCUUGCUUGAGGAUGAGAGGUUGACAGGACCGGUAAAUAUUCGGGGUUCUUUUUACUUUUACGACUGACGACAAUCCUUUUGGGCUCAUUUUUCUUCUUCUUUUGUUUUUAUUUACUUCUUUUUUUAUUUCGACAAGGAAAAAAAAACUGACUUGAUAGAGAGCGAGAUAGACACUCCAGAAUAAUGACCAAGCUUCCACAGCUCGUCUUCCCGCAUCUUGGUACUAUUAACUUGCUACUACUAAGUCGUUACAGCGCAGGUGCGGUUAUGCAAGUUGCCGUGGCCAAGCGUAGCCUAUCGAGCGAGCGAACCGACUUUGGAUGAGUGGGAAGCCAAGCGAGCAAGGUCCUUUCGAUAAUUCGACGUAUUGUACCCAAGAGAAGAAGGUCGCUUGCAUCCAUAUUUCCCUAGGGGGGCAAGGGGGAAAAGACGGCCCUCCAGCUCCGACAACCAUGGCACCAUUUGCAAACGUCAAUUGACCCCCAGAUCAUGGAAGCAAGGGCUUGCAAGCCUUUCGACAACGAAUGAUAGCAGUACGUGUUGAUCGUACUUACCCAACCAAGCCAACUCUCAAGGCAACACGCAGAUGAGUAGACAUUUCCAAGAUGGCCCCACAGAUGCGGGGGAACAAAGGCAGGGAACAUCCAACUGAGCUUCCCAAUUGGGAGUCGAGCUGUAAUACUUUCGCUCUUGGCACUGAUGAUCGUACCUGACCCGAUUGGAGGAUAAGGUCUCAUUCGCGGUUAUAUCGGUGAGGUCUUGGCCUUUUUCUCGAAAUUGCGCUGGAUCCCAUUCCGUUGCCCGCGAAAAAAGGAGAGGAGAAGGGAAAAAAGCUUCCGACGAUGUGGCGCUCUUUAUGGAGAAAUGAAGCGAUAAUGCCCGUUGGUACUUGCCUAGGGUACGUGUACGACAAGUGUGCGUUGUCAGUGAUGGUUCUUCCAAGAAAGCAAGAUUAAUUAAAGGCGACCACGUCGCCGGCCAAUUCCCUCCAUGUUUGGGUCCUUCUCACCCCCAGCCGCUCUCUUUACGGUCUCCCGUCCCUCCAGCCUUCUGUCGCGUGAGCUUUACCUCUGUGCUUGUCUUUUUGUUAGACCCCUAGUUUUAGAUCAAUAUCUGAAUACCCAUCCAAAAAAGCAACUAUGAGGACCUCCAUCGCCGCCGCCGCCGCCGUAUGGCUGGCUUCGUUUGCCGCAGCGCAAAAGAAGGACUGCAUCAAGCUCGUCUCGGGCGAGAGGCUCGAGGCCGAGAUGACGACGGAAGCUGUUGUCGCCAGGGCCCAGAAGCUGCAGGACAUUGCCUACUCGACCGAAGGUCGUAACCGACAAUGGCAGCAGCCCGGCUUCGAGCUGACCAUGGAGUACAUCGAGGAGACGCUCGAGAAGGAGGCCCCCGGCUACUACAACGUCGAGCGCCAACCGACCUUCUUCAAGGUCGCCAAAGACCCCGCCCCCAUCGUCAUCGGCAACGCCUCGUACGACUCUUCCCCCAUGACCACCACCUCAGAGCGCGCCCUCCUUACCGGCACCUUUGAGGAUGUCCCUGUCGUUGCCGUGGCCAACCUCGGCUGCAACCCCGAGGACUACCCCGUCGCGACGGGCGCGUUGACGCUCAUCCAGCGUGGCAACUGCAGCUUCGAGCUCAAGUCGCAGCUGUCCAAGGCGGCGGGUGCCGUUGGAGCCAUUGUGCGCAACGCCGUCGACAGCCCGUCAUUUGGCAACGGUGUCAUUGGUGACGCGGUCGACACGCUGGUGCCGACCACCAUGAUCCGGUACGAAGACGGAGUUGCAAUCCUGGCGCAGCUCGCGGCCGGCCCCGCGACGGCGGACCUGUCGAUCGAGUACGUCAACCUCACCAGCUACAACGUUAUUGCGACGAGCAAGUGGGGCAACCAGAGCAACGUCGUGAUGUUGGGCGCACACGCCGAUUCGGUGAUCGACGGUCCCGGUGUCAACGAUGAUGGCUCCGGCACUGUUGCCAUCCUCGAGACUGCCGUGCAGCUGGCCAAGUUCGGCGUGCGCAACGCGGUGCGAUUCGCGUGGUGGACGGCCGAGGAGGAUGGCCUGCUCGGCUCGUACUACUACACCGACAACACCCCUGCCGACGAGUUGGCCAAGAUCCGCGCCUACCUCAACUUUGACAUGAUCGGAUCCAGCAACUACGUCUACGGCAUCUUGGACGGUGACGGAGACGCCUACGGCCUGGCCGGUCCUGAGGGCUCGGCCGAUAUUGAGAAGUUGUGGGAGGACUACUUUUCAUCCAAGGACAUGCCGUCCGAUCCGAGCGAGUUCUCUGGCAGGAGUGACUAUGCCGGUUUCAUCGACCAGGGCAUCCCGUCUGGUGGAUUGAGCACUGGCGCCGACGAGAUCAAGACGGCCGAGCAGGUUGCCAAGUACGGCGGUAUCGAGGGAGCCAUUCUCGACCCCAACUACCACACCGCUUACGACACGGUUGCCAACUUGAGCGCACCGGCGUUGGGUGUCAUGAGCAAGGCCAUCGGUUUCGCUGUGGGCACGUACGCAAAGUCGCUCGAGGGCUUCCCUGCUAGGACUACCGCCGUCACGAAGAGGAACAGCAAACAGAGUGCCAGGAUCGCUGGGUUGAAUGAGGAAGCCGAGUCGUUCCAGUACGGCCCGCUCACUCUUUACAGGAUGUAAAAAGAAGAGGGUUGUGAUGGUGUUCAUGGUUGAUGAAAUAAGGUACUUUCAUGCUUAAUGCCGUUUAUAAUUAUGACCAAAGCCCUCUAGGUAUUUUUAGUCAAGUAAAUAAUUCCCAUGAUAAUGUUC